UAACUAGGAUUUUUUGAGUUGCCUGAUCUUCGAAUCUUCGGUAAUUUUAACCGCUCUUAAUGCGGUCGCAUUAUCAAAGCAGUAACUUACAGUUAGUUGCUUUUCGCAAAUCUUAUUGCACGUUUUUUGUCGUCUUGUGCUCGUGGAAAAUAAUAUUUGUAAAAUUGCAGAAUGGAGCGCUACAAUCGCGUCUAUAGAGAUCCCGCAUCUCCACUGACCCCACUAACUCCCCUCUCCACCGAAGCUUUUACAUUUGAAGACGUCACGCCCACUGGCAGGAAGGGUUCCUCGAAAUAUGGACUCCUUGGAGUGCCGAAGGCCAACAAUCUCACUGUUCCAAACAGUCGACCGGCAUUGUCCGGCCUAAAACGGCUAUCAGAAUGCACCUUGCCCACGCGAUUUUCACAAAAAUUCAUGCGCACGCGAUCCGUAUUCUCGCCCACAAGUCAAAGUACCCUGCUAAAUGGGGAGACCAAGCUGCUCGGUGAAUCCGAGGAUUCGAGAUUGCGAACCAAGAGGGAAGACAGGUCAAAGCCGGAUAUCCGACUGCAGCAGGAAACGCUGCUAAGGCAGGAGGCAGCCAAGUUGAGGAGUGCGCGGUCAAAGAUUAAAGUGGAGCAGCCAAAGAGUCCCAGUCCCAGUUUCAAGCAUCCACGCUAUAAGCCCUGCUCCCCGGUGGAGCAUCCCACGCUGAGUCCUCGUGUCAAAUCCCUGCUCGAUCGCACCGGGAACGAACAUCUCACGGAGCUGUUCACGCGCCAGGAGAUCGACAUCGAUGUGCUCAUCCAAAUGACCCUGGAGGACUUGGCGGCACUGGGCGUCCGCGGCGCCCGGGAGAUCCGAUUGGCCAUGAAUAUUAUCCAACUGGCCAAGCAGUUCUUCUGAUUGUAUACCCUGUGGGAUUUCUGCUAAUUUUAAACUGUUUUAUGUCAUGUGGAU